UUGGUCAGAAUUGCAGUUAUGAAAAAUCGUACAAUAUCAGUUUUUUUAAUACUUUGUGGCAUUGUGGCGAAUAGAUUAUUCGUCUAUGGCGGGGUUGUCGACAAAUAUAAAAAAAAACCCGGGAGUAUAUACCAUGGUAGAUACACGAGGGAUGUACCGGAUCCGCAUCUCUUGGUUCCACGUCGAGUUUUCCACGACGGAAUGUUCCACACCUACUCUCUGCCUGAGUACUACGAUCGUCGAAAAGUCAGAGCGAAGGGAAAGAGAUCCGUUGACGAUGCCAAUGAGGACAAAUUGCACCUGAUCCUUCCCUUUAAUGGGAUUGAUCACCAUGUCGAGCUCACCCCAUACCACGACUUCAUCUCUCCGGAAAUGGUGAUUGAGAUCCGUGGAGAGGGAAUCAGCACCGAUUUGAACAAAGGACUUGCAUUCAAGAGGGUGUCAGAUCAACAGUGCCAAUAUAGGGGUGCUGUCAGAGGUCACAAGAACUCAAGAGCUGCUUUGUCCCUCUGCGACGGAAUAGCUGGGUACGUGCACACCAAUCGUGGACGUUACUUUGUCGAACCUUUGCACGAAGUAGAACCUGAAUCAGAUGGUCAACAUGUUCACAUUGCUUAUCGAAGGGAUGCUCCUCACGAGAAAGAAGAUUCGUCCAAAACCUAUUGUGGAACCGAUGGUCUGAUUGUAUAUUAUCACCAAAUCCUUGCUUCCCUUACAUCUUUACAGUCUUUAAAAUCAGCACAUCUUUCCCUUAAAUCUUUACAGCCUUUAAAAUUAAUUUUCAGAAAUUUGAGGUUAGAAAACAUGACGAAUUUUAAAGACUUGACAAAUGAUGAAUUGGCUGUCGAGUCGCAGAAGGUGAUAGAUCAGGAAGUGGCUGCAAUUUUGAAAGACGAGAGAGAAUCAUUGCGCAAACCCCAGCCACCUGGAAAAGAAAGUGAGGAAUCGGAAGGACGUUCCGCUACAUUUGUUCGACAAAAUUAUCCGGGAUAUUGUGAAAGAGCAAAAGUAGAAUAUUACUAUACUAUGUCCGGACUGUACAAUUGUCUACAAGGUCCAAAUCGUGCUUGCUAUCUGAUCCUAAAUAAGGUUGAAAGACACGACAUUUGUGCCGAAGAUAGCGGAUGUUCCCUAAUGGGUUUGGCUUAUGUAUCGGCUAUUUGUGAUAGGCCAAAAGCAGCUUGCAUUAAUGAGGAUAGUGGUCUUCUUCUUGGAAUUAUAGUAGCUCAUGAAGUUGGACACACGUUAGGGUGUGCACACGAUACUGAAGAGAUCAGUGGUUGCGCAUCUCAGGAUAAAGAUGAAAGUUUUUUCCUUAUGUCACCAUAUGUAUUUAUAUACUCUUUAAGGUGGUCAUCCUGCAGUAGAAAAUUCAUAACUACUUUAAUGGAAACAGGUCUUGGAGAUUGCUUAACUGAUGAGCCGAAAAACCCUCUUGAUAAAUUUAAGUACCCCAACAUGUUGCCAGGCGUGAUGUAUGGAGCAGAUUUUCAGUGCAAGUUACUAUACAAUGAGACAGAACCGUGUGAUCAAAUGGGUGACUGUGAAGCUCUGUGGUGUCAGGGGAAUGGCCAGUGUAUGACCAAUGGUGCCCCUCCAGCAGAAGGAACUAAGUGUGCUGAAAAAAAGUGGUGCAUUCAUAAAGAAUGUGUGGAAAUUGGUUCUCGUCCGUUGGCAGUGAAUGGUGGCUGGGGUGAGUGGGGCAAGACGAGUGAGUGUUCGAGGACCUGCGGUGGGGGUGUCAAGUCUACGGAAAGGGAAUGUGACCAACCGGCUCCUUCAAACGGAGGUAGAUACUGCGUUGGAGAAAGAAAGAAAUACGCCAUUUGUAACACUACACCCUGUGAUCCAACAAAACCUUCAUUCCGAUCAGUUCAAUGUGAGGAAUUUAAUACAAAGGAAGUGCUAACUGACGGACUUCACAAAUGGACUCCAUACACAAAAGAGGGAUUAGACAUGUGCAAAUUAUACUGUCUUAACGAAAAAAACGUUUUUAUGGAACUUGCUCGAACAGUCAAAGAUGGAACUCCUUGUAAAGCUGGAACUAAAAAUAUAUGUGUUUCCGGAGUUUGCAGAAAAGUUGGCUGCGAUUGGGGAUUAGAUUCCGAUGCAGUUGAGGAUAAAUGUGGUGUUUGUAAAGGUGGCGGUGCAGGUUGUACUCCAGUGUUGGGAGAGUUCACAACUACAGGAUUAAAAAGUUACCAAAAAGUAGUUACAGUACCGAAAGGAAGUAGAAAUAUCCAUAUGUUUGAAAAGAAGCCCAGUCAAAAUGUCAUGGCAGUCAAACUUGGAAAAGAAGAAAAGUAUUGCCUAAACGGUGGUUUUUUUGAGCAAAGAAAUGGAGAUUACCCAUGUGCUGGAUCCAUGGUUGUGUACACUCAUCCGGAAACGGAUAAAGAAGAUAUUUUAAUUAAAGGACCUACAUCUGAAGAUAUUGAACUUCAAUACGUAUUCGUUGCUAAUUAUAAUCCUGGAGUUCAUUACGAAUACUUCACUAAGAAUAGCAGUUCUUUUACAUACUCCCCCAAAUAUUCCUGGGAUUUCGUCGAUUGGUCGGAAUGCAGCGCGAAAUGUGGGGGUGGCACUAUGCUUUCAGAACCUACGUGCAUUGAGCAACAAUCAGGAAAGGUGACCAAUAGUUUUUGUUCUGGUGUUCCACGUCCGGAAACCAAGAGCCGAAUAUGUAAUGAACAUCCUUGCUCUGCAAAAUGGCGAGUCAGCCAGUGGAGCAAAUGCAGCGCUUGUGAUGGGAAAAAAGGGUUCCGACAUCGAAAGGUGCAAUGCGUCAAACCAGGAGCUCACUCCGGAGAGGACGAUGUUCAGUCUAAUUUAAAUGCUUGUAGGGGUCGCUCCCCGAAACAAAAAAUUGAAUGUGUGGGAGACAGACCAUGCAAAAAAAUCUGCAAAAAGGUCAGAGAAACCCAAAAGUCACCAGCGACAAGUCGCUCUCUUAGUCUCGAGGAAGAGCGUCAACUCAUGGACAAUUUUGUGGAUGUUGGUCUCGAACGAUACCUCGAGUCCCGGAGCGUUUCCGGUAAUGUCAACUCCGGGAAAAGAAGCGCUGCCAAAAACUUUAGACAGUUGUUGCAUGAUUGGGUGGAAAGCCACAAAGCAAAGAAAAAGCGAACCUGUGAUCUAAAGAAUUAUAAUAAUCACGUCAAAUUUACGACUACGAAACGCGGUUCCAUCAUCAAGGAUACGGCUCCUAUAGAUCAAGAGAUUCUGAUCGUAGCACCUUAUAGGGAUGACCUACUGCGAUCCAACAUGUCUGAUCAGGCCUUCCAAGAGGCUGGCGAUUCUGUUGGAGUUUCUCUCGAUACUAAAAAUAAGAAGAUUUACAGAGGUAAGGAUGCAAUUAAUAUGGAGAAGAUGAUUUUGCACCACAAUGUUUCGGAAGAUCUUGUCAGUAGCUGUGGAGCGACUAAGAAAUCUGGUAGACGUAGAUAGUUCACCUUAUUAUAUUGUAGAUUAAAUUAAAAACUUUGUACGUUGUGUAUGGUAUGAUAUGAAUAUAGUCAAUAUUGAUUCUAAAUAUUAUUUCCAACCCACAAAUUGAUUAAUUUUCUCCCUAUAUCCUUGUU